GGCUAAGUGCAGUUGCGGUCUGCGGAGUGAGGGGUAAUGGCAGUAAGUUUACACAAAAAUAACUUAGAUAAAUAUUUGGUACAAAUAAUAAAUUCAGUUGUGAAUAAUAAUAACGAACAUUUUAAAAGAACGAUGGCUUUAAAAUAGGACUUAAAUGUAAAUAAGUACUGAUUAUUUUAUAAAACUCGUUCUUAGCAUAAAUCAUGAUCUCUUUGUCACGAAGAGAACAUAAAAUAUCGAUCGAUUACGAAAGAGUUUAGUUAUGUAUUAUUGUAAAAUAAUUGACUAAAGAUUCAUACUGCUUUUGCCAUUGUAAUAAUAAUAAUAAACCGUAUGCUUGUGUUACACAGGAACGCGGUGUUAUUUAUAGAAGUAUGCUUUGUAAACUAUGGUAGCAGAAGUCCGCAAAAAUAAACAGUUAUUGUUUAAAAUGAAUGUGUAAUAAAAUGCAUGAAGAUCUCGAAAUAAAGUGAUUAUAACAGUGUUUUACGCGCCCUGGUCUUCAAUUUUCGUCCAUGUAUUGUUGCUCUUUUCUUUCUCGGCUGGGAGUCGGCAUGGCGAGCAUGAGCUCCACGCUCGUCGAGACGGUCUCCAUCAACUAUGAGGACUUUAACGAGAGCUUCCUCACCUGCGGCACCUGUUUAUGUACGUACGAUGGCGGCGAACAUACUCCAAAAUUGCUACCGUGCUCCCACACAGUGUGCUUACAUUGCCUCACUCGUAUAGCAGCCUCACAAACCCGGGACGCUGGUAGCUUCCGCUGUCCUAUCUGUCGCGAACUCAUCACCAUACCGCGCGGAGGCGUCCCAGCAUUACCACCCUCAUUCCUCGUCAACCAGCUUCUAGAUUUAAUGGCAAGACAACGCCGCGAAGUUAUACCCCAAUGCAGUUCGCACCCGGGAAGAGAGCUUCUCUUUUGCGAAACCUGUGACUGCGUUUUCUGCAGGCAUUGUGCCGACGGUCCCCACAGUGAUACACCCUGUGAUCACACCGUAGUGCCGUUUUCGAUAGCUUUAAAAAGAAUGUCUGAAAUACUCUUGUAUAGAGCCAAUGAGUGCCUGAGUAAGCUUGGAGCGGCCAGGGAGGCCGUGGCAAGUGAAUUGAGAAGAUUGGAAGCGGCUGCUACGGCGGCCGAUGAUGCUAUAGAUAGACAUUUUGCAGAAUUAAGAAAUGCUUUAGAUAAGCGACAUAACGAAUUAAAGUCGGCUGCUGGUGCCGCUGCAACGCAUAAACGGAAGCUACUUGAAGAGCAACUGAAAUUAAUAGAUGCUGAAAAGACGAAGGUGGAAGCAGAAUGCAAUGGCCUCCAGCAGCAAGUAGAAGUACGGGAAGUGAGUAGUCGUGCAGCAGCAUUGGGAGCUAGAUUGGGUGAUGCAGCAGCUCUUGCUGAACCACGGGAGAACGCAUUUUUAGCGGUAGACUUCGCGCACAAUGAUGCUCACCAGAGGUUGACUGAAGCUUUGGCUGAACUGGGAAGGGUUCGGACCAGUACAACAUUCCCUGGCUUAUGCACUCUACAGUUAGAAUCAUCUUGUGUCUGUGGUCUGGAAGUGGUAGUCUCUCUUCGCACUGUGGAUUAUCAUGGUGAAGCGCGGAGCACUGGCGGAGAUCCCGUUACUGCAGCCGCUACACUUGAUGACGCGCCAUUACCUUGUACGGUCACAGACUUAGAUUGUGGGAUGUAUAGAAUAACAAUGCGUCCGUGGAGCGCAGGCGCAAUUUGCGUACGCGUGCUCGUGUUUUCGCGAUCUGUACGUGAUUCGCCAUUACGGGCACGAGUUGAGACGCAUGCUGCGCCCGAGCUUGUUUGGGGGUCACGGGGCACGGGCAAGGAACAAUUAAGUCAGCCGGUUGCGCUUGCUAGGUGUCCCAAACGUCGGGAGAUAUACGUUCUUGACGCUGGAAAUUCUCGAGUGAAAGUAUUAGAUGAUGAAACAUUUGCAUUUAAAACUCACAUAGUCAAUGAAGGUUUAGCAGGUCGCAGUUGUACGGGUAUAGCUGCGACGGCAGAGGGCGUGGUAGCAGUUAACUGGCGAACUAGAACUGUCACUGAGGUGAAUAUAGACGGUUCUACUCUCCGCACAAUAAAGUCAGAUCGCUUAGUGGAGCCCGUGUGUGUAGCGGCCGAUAUCGACUCGAGAAGACUGGCCGUGGCCGACAAUGGAGCUAGAACUGUGUUUGUGUUUGACGGAGACGGGAAUAUUGAGAGAGAGAUAGAUAGCGGUAACUUGGGUCUAGUGGGUGGUCUAGCGCUCACUGAAGACUUGAUAAUUGUGGCGGAUGUCGCGGUGAGGAUUUACGACUCUGAAGGGAAUUUGCUGUCCAUACGUGCGACUGUGCCUAAGGGUCGCGGCGGUUAUGGCGGCAUAGCUUUAGAGCGCACCGAAAAUGGUUUGCACAUCGUAUGCGCACGUUCAAUACGCGGCCGGCCCGCUAUCAUAGUACUGGAAGCAGAGGGCUCGGGUGGUAUAGUGGCGGGGUGCGAGCUGGCUGAAAAACGACCCAGGAGGGUCGCGGGUUUGACGCUUCUGCCUAAUAAAAAGGCGUUAUUGGCUGACCUGGCGGGAGACUGUUUGAGACUGCACACUUAUUGGUGAAUGAAGGUGAACGAAAUGAGUGAAAGUCGUCAAGGGGGAGUGAUGAAUGGUGAACGAAUUUCAUGCUAGUCCGUUGUAACUGAGAAACGAAUGAUGGCCAUAAUCUCGCGCGAUUCCUACCAAAGACGUAGUGCCGAGAGCACGGACGCCAUGCGAAUGAAAAUGUCACAUACUUAGUACUACGUAGUGCCCAAUAGAUGGCGUUGUUCUUAAAUUUAAAAUAAAAUCAUAUCUAUUCAAUAAAAUUAAUCGAAAAAUAUAUUUCAACGUUAUGAAAUAUUUUCAUUCGCGCGGCAAUAGUUGUACUUACAGUAUUUAUUUCGUUUUAAGUUUCUCUAAGAACUCAAUGUUUAUGUAGUUAAUUUUUCGACUGAUUUUUUUUUCUAUGUGACGUAUUUUGUUUGUCGAUUUUCGUAUUUCUUACUAGUCCUGUUAUUUCUUUAGUUCACGUGUUUUAACACGCUAAGUUUAAAGGAAAUUUAUUCAUUGUCUGAGUCAAGACCUCAUUUGAAUGACAACAAUAAUGAUAAGAAUGGUAAUGAAAAUCAUUAAAAUAUGCUAAUACAAUGAUUCACAUCAGACAAUUUUCGCGUAGUUUCCGUUGUCCGUAUUUUAAAAAUAGAAAUUAUAUGAAAAAAUAUACGCUAGUAAUUUGACGUGUUCCCACGUUGUCAAUAAUUUCAUGAAAAUUAAUCUCGCAAUUUCAUAGAUGAGUUUUAAAUAUUGAAUAUUUAAAGCGUAACACAAAACAUUAAAAAACACAUUUCUAAUAAAUUUUAAGGCCAUCGAAAUAGAUUUAAAUAGUCCCAAUUUAAAAUUCUGCUCAAUGUUACGCCAUAUCAUAUGACAUUUCAUUAGUUAAGUUUAGCUAUGGUAGUGGAUGCGCUAGAGUAAUUUAGUUUUUCAAUUUAACAUAGAGCCUUCCCAAUUUAAAUUCGCAUUAUUAGAAGGUUUCGCCAGGCUGAUAUCCCAGACAUCGCCAGAUAAAAUAAUUCCACAAAUGUAAUAUGAAUUUUGGUUAAUUUCUUUAAAAUUAUCUUUACGAUUUAAAAACUUAAUAAAUAAUAUUUAAGUUGUCUUUUUAAAUCCUCAAUAAUUAUGGGCAAUUUCUCCAUUUUUAAAACGUGGUUCUUGCGACUUAUCUUUGAAUAUUUCUAGAAAAUAUCACAUUAUAACAUUAAAUUUAAGAUAUUUUACAUUUGCCAUAGUCGCGCAAUGGGAUUUGAUGUAUGCGAGAAAUGGUACCCUGAGUGGGCUCGCUCUUAGUAAAAUGCUUCAAUGAUUGAUAAUUCAAAAAGAUUUGCGGUAAUUACUAUAGUACCUGUUGUAAUUUGACAAUUGACAUAUUAUUCUCUUAUUGGCUGAUGUCCUAGCCCAAUCACGUAUAAAUGAAAUAUUCCAUAUUGUAAAACUUUUCAGGCAAUUAUCUGGACUAUACCUAUUUACUAUGAGCUAAUGAGUUUACGUUUAGAAAUUGCAAAGUAACAUAAUAUCUCGAAUAUCCUCUUAGCCAUGCCAUUUAUUUACAUCUCUUUACUAUUUCCAAAUAUUUUGUUAAAGCAACUAUUUUGAUAAUAAACUCGACAAUAAUUUUUCUCUUUAAAAAUAAUUAAUUGUUUUCAAUUAUUACAUAUUAAUAUAAAAGUUUAGUGAAUUUCUGGUUCCGGGAAACAAACACAAGUUAUCAACUAUAAAAGUAAAAUUAAUAGUAAUUUCCGUAUUUAUCUAUCACGUAUUUUUUAGACUAAAUUCACGAACAAAGUCGAAUAUUGUACUAGAAGCAUGGCCUUUGUAACUUCCAAUUUGACGGCUCAUUGGUCUAGUGGUUAGUACCCCUGACUGCGAAUCCAUGGGUCCCGGGUUCGAUCCCCGGCUGAGACAAACAUCGAUGUGAUGAGCAUUUGGUGUUGUGCUU